AUGGCCCAUUGCGAGCGGGCAUCUAGGCCGCUGCUUCAAUGCUUUCGCAGCUCUUACACCAAAAGCCUGUCGAGCCUCCAGGUCCAGGCACGUGGCUUCCAGUCAACAGCCGGCGUUGCUGAGGCUCAAUCCGAACAGAGCCAACCUUUCCAUAAGAACCUCGAUCCUGAGCUUGUCUCAAGCCCUCGCCUAGAGAGACGUCUUAUGCGACAGGGUACCACUCCAAUUGGCUCCCGUCGUCGACGUGCUGCGCUGCAGGGCUCCCCCAACAUUCCCUUCGAGCAGCUCCCCUACCAAUGCUUCCAAGAAGCGCGAAAUGUUCUUCUUGCCGACCGAAGUGAGAAGCUCGAGGAAAUUGAGAAGAUGAGACAAAGAAUCGCGAGAGUUAAGGAUCUUUCGACCGAAGAGGCUGGAGGAGAGCAAUCACGAAAGUCUCGCUUGGGAGCGAUGCAAUUGCACUUGGAGCAACUUAAGAUUCAUGCCGACAUCAAUGACCCCCCUAGCGAUAUGAGCAAGCCCAUCUACCGUUUUCUGGCUGACCGAAAAUGGCGGGAGUACCGCCGCAAGAUCCUCGUCCAGCGUAUCACACAAAUGAAUGUCAUCCCCGAUGUCCUUCCUCACUGCGACCCCGUUGUCGACACCAAGCUGUACUUCGGCAAGCGCCAAGUUCAGGCUGGUGACUACGUCCUCGCGAACGUGAGCACGAGCGCCCCUAAGCUGGACGUGCAGAUGUUCGAGAGUGGCGAGAAACUCGUUACUAUCGCUGUUGUCGACUCCGAUGUCCCUAAUGUGGAGGCCGAUAGCUUCGACUAUAAGACGCACUAUCUUGCCGUAAACGUGCCCAUCUCGGCCGUCAACACCAAGAUCGACCUCGGCCAGCUUUCCGAAGACUCCCAGGUCGUUCUCCCCUGGUUACCUCCUGUUGCUCAGAAGGGUAGCCCUUACCACCGCCUUUCCGUCCUCAUCAUGGAGCAAAAGGAUGCGCAAGCUCUCGACUUUGCGGCUGUCAAGGCCAAGGAGGCCGACCGCGACAACACCCUCCUCCGCACCAUCCAGGCCCGUUACCAUCUCAAGGCUAUUGGUGCGCACCUUUUCCGCACCCAAUUUGACGAGACCACUCUGGAGGUGAUGAACCAGAUCGGUUUCGAGGGAGUGGAACUGGAGCUUCGCCGGAAGAAGGUCGAGCCUCUUCCCUACAAGCGCAGAAACCCUUCCUCGUUCAGGUAA